UGUUGAGGUCAUUACACGGAGAGCCAUCCCGUUACGCAGCAAUUGGGCGCUGAAUACCGCAGUCAAUUCGCCCAAGAUGCUCCCGCAACGACUUGUGCGAGCUUCGGCUCUGCGCAACACCCUAGCUGCCAGCCGAAGACUUCCUACGAUCCAGCGACGAGGCUUUUUGCCGUCUCAGUUCUCCGACAAGAAAGUGAUUGACGAAAAGUACCCCGAUCCCGUGCGACCGAGCGAGGCCGAGGACCCUGGCAUGAACGGAGGCUACAUCAACCCGCCCAAGAUCAAGCGACAGUUCCGCGACCCCUAUGCCACCUGGUGGGACCCUCAGGAGCGACGAAACUUUGGUGAGCCGGUUCACGAGGAUAACGAUACGCUGGCCAUCUUCUCUCCAUGGGAGUAUACGUGGACGACUUCAGGCCCCGGUCUGAUCAUGGUUGGAACAUUCAUCGCCGUUUUCCUUUCAGUUUCAGGAGUUGUGUAUCUCAACUACCCUGACCGGGUUGCUUACCCCAGGGAGUUUGAGAAUGGCUUGGAGCGAGAGUUGGGCGGCCCGGGAGCCGUAAGAGCACGAAUGACUGGCGAUGCGGAGCCGUAAGAUAAAUCGUCAAGUUGUAUAUAAUAAAGAAUGAAAAAUGUUUCUCCUAUCUGACGCAUCCUUCUGAGAGAAAAACAUUGGCACAUGGAGAUUUGGAUCCCAGAAUACGAAAGAAGAAAUUCGACAUUCGAACCUUUGCUUCAAAGUUUAAUGUCCUCAGGCCGCGUCCUACUAACUGGCUUAUACGACACAGCAUUUAUUUCCGAAUGUUCGAGUAGUGCCCGUACUCGACUUGGGAGUAUUGAGUCUUGGUAGCCAAAACAAGUGGAAAUCAGACCCUGCUUAUCAAUCCUUGUUCUUGUUUUCAAGUUGAGU